UCUGAGCUCAGAUACAACACAGACCUCUCCACACACAACAUGCUGAAGCUGGUGGUGUUGUCCUGCUUGGUGGCGGCCGCAGCAGCCGGCGCGCUGUUACCGUACGCGCCCCUCGCCUACUCGGCGCCCUUCGCCUACGCGGCGCCAGUGCUGGCCCCCUACGCCCCCAACUACCGCGGCCCUCUGUCUCUGGCGCCGGGCCAGCCCGCCAACAUCCUCGCAGCUGAUGGCAGGCCACUCGACACCCUGGACGUGAACUUGGACCGCUCCGCGCACUACACCGCAAAGGCUCUGGACCACGCUGGAUUCCACGUCCUGAAGAAGCGCUCCGCUCCCAUCAUUGCGCCAAUCAGCCGUGUGGCGGUCGCUGCUCCUUUAGUCCACAGUUACGCCGCUCCUCUGGCUUACUCCGCGCCCCUCUAUAGCUCCCGCCUGGCCGUGGCUCCCUACAACUACGGCUACGCUGCCGCCCCCAUUGCUCACUACUGGAAAUGAAGACCUUAGUUCGCUGAUCAAUUGAAAAUAAACCGACU